AGUCAACACAAACCAGGUGAAGGUCUCAUCUAGACUCAUCCUCUGCCAACAUGAAAUUCUUGUCAGUGAUGAUGGUUAUGGUAGUGGCCCUGACUGCCCUGCUGAGGUCAGCCAAAGCCAUGCCUGACCCCUACGCCCUAGCUGACCCUGACCCCAGUGCUGACCCACAGUUUGGCUUUGGUGGUUUUCGUCGCGGUUUUGGUGGCUUCGGUCGCGGUUUUGGUGGCUUCGGUCGCGGUUUUGGUGGCUUCGGUCGCGGCUUCGGUCGCGGCUUUGGUGGCUUCGGGAGACGCGGAUUUGGAUAUUUUGGUUAAUGCUGCAUUGUGACCUUCAAACAUUCGCAGUUGAAAGACCCCUCUGGAAGACGGUCACCCACACAUAAACUACCGCCAAACUUACAACCCAAGAAGCUAAAACGUAAAAACACUGCGACUUCGAGACUCGUGACUUCACAUCUGACGAAUUCAAGAUUUUACGCACCAGAGGAACUCUCAGUUACAAGAAUCACUAAGGCAGCGGAUUCAUGAUAACCUUCCAAUGCCUCCAACUUGGAGUAACUUCUGCCCUCAAAAGCUCCAGCAAUGCCUCGUAGGGUCCUGCAUAAGUGUCAAGUGUUGCUGACCCACCAACACUUGACAUUUACAUUCCAACAUUCUUCUUAAUUACACCUAUUUUUCACUUCACUUUUAGAUUUUAUAUAUAUAUAUAU